AUGAUACCAACAGAUUCUGUUUUCGUGACGCGGAAUCUCGUCAAAAGAUACAUCGCACAGAUGCAACGAACUAAACAACAGAAUGAAGGUGUUAGUGAAGACGAUGUGAACGAGAUAAAGCAGGACAUUAGCGCAUUCCGCUACGAGUUACUAGGGAUACUACGUGCUGCUGGUUUCAACACAGGACAUACGGAUAUGAACCAGAAAACUUACACUCGAAACAAGAGACGUAGCGCUAUGGCUGAGAGGCGACUCAAAAAAGGUCUUCCUGAAUUUGAUAUACCAAUACCGGAAAGCUUUCAAAAUGCUCGACGGAACAGCUUACUGUCACUGGCAUCUAUAGAUAGCGGGUAG